AUGACUUUUGGCGUUUCUCCACUGUUACUUGUGCUACUCCUGUUAUCUGUGUAUGGAUCAUCACAUGGUUGCCUGCAGGAUUCUGCCUCAGCAUACAGAUUCAGUGGAACAGUGUGCCGUCUCACAUACCCUGCAGCAGUUGUGUUGAAUGAAAAAACCACCAAAGUGAUAGAGGCAGCAUUCCAGCAUGCCAGAUAUCCCGACGUAAAGGCAGAAAAGAACGUGCCCUUCUUUGGCAAAGUCUCAUAUGGCCUUGAGAAUUUGGAAAUUCACAAUCUGACAAUUGGUCAGAGCUCCUUUGAACUUCAUGCGGGUGAAGGCAUCGCCAUAGAGAUAAGCAAUGUAUCUGCAGCCUUCAUUGGGACCCUCCACUAUGGAUAUGGCGGCUUUCUAGUCAAUGUUGUUCAGUCAAUCAAUUUUGAGAUUGAGUUCCAGAUUGAUCUUGGAAUCAACCCCAAACUUUAUUGCGGCGAGGGGAAGGUAGCAGCAGACACAUCAUCUUGUUCCUUGAACUUUGACAAGUUGCGUUUGCACCUGCAGGGUGAUAAAGAACCAAACUGGCUCAAGAAGCUCUUCACUGACUUCAUCACAUUCACUGUCAAACUGGUUGUCAAGGGACAGGUUUGUAAGGAGAUCAACAAAGUGGCAAAUAUAUUAGCUGACUUCAUACAGGAGAGAGCAGAGCAAUUCCUCAGUGACGGAGACAUCAGUGUAGAUAUCGGCGUGACCACUGCGCCCACCAUCACUGCAAACUACAUAGAAUCCUACCACAAGGGAUUAACAAAUUACAAAAACACUUCUGCGGUGAUUUACGAGUCAGCAUUCAACCCCCAACAACUAACUGAAAAUAAAAUGCUCUACUUUUGGAUCUCAGACGAAGUCUUAAACCCCAUGAUAACAGCUGCCCACCAAGAUGGUCGCUUCCGGCUCAACAUCACUGGACUAGAGUUAACUGAACUUUUCAAGACAGACCUCUCUACAAAGAUGCCUGAUUUUUUCAGAAAGUUCCUCACGGAAAGCAGUUUUCCCGAAUUACAUGUGUGGAGUUCUUCUGUGCCCUUUCUUAACACCUCCACUUUUGGGACAGCUGUCUGGGUUGAGGUCUCUGGUCAACUCCGGUGUGGAAGUCAAGACAUCCUAUUUUUUCAGACAUUCAUCACUACUGAUGUCACAGCUUCUUAUGCCAACAAAAAUGUCUUACUUCACGCCAAAUCAUCACAGGUUGUUACACUAAAGGCUGAAUUGUACCAAAAUCCUUUGUCAGAUCAAGGACAACUGGAUUUCAUCCAAGAAGCUGUGAUGAAGAUAGGCAUCCCCAAAGUGUUGUCUGUGCUUGAAACACAAAUCACUAGACUGUUGAACAAGCAGGGAGUACACCUCUUUGACAUCUACAACCCAGAGGUGCUUCCUCGGGAUGGAUUUGUGAUUAUACAGAUGGACUUUGGGUUCCCUCAUCACCUCCUUGUUGACUUCCUUAAGAUGACACUGCAGCAAACAGGCCAACCUCAGGAAUAG